AUGGUCAUUCCCGCUGCCCUCGGCAUUUACUACCAGAAUAUCAGCAUGCCCAAAGUCUUCUUCUAUGGAACCCUCAAGAGGGGCGAGCCGAACGAACAUGUGCUUAGGAAUCCUGGGCUCGGGCUUGUCUCUUUCAUCGCCGAAGCGAAGACCGUUCAGAAGUUUCCGCUUACCAUAGCCUCAGAAUUCAACCUCCCGUAUCUCUUACUGAAACCGGGACAAGGGAACCGAAUCCACGGCGAAAUUUUCGAAGUUGAGAAUUUAUCUAUCCUCGACGAAUUCGAGAGUUGUCCCAGAUAUUACACUCGGGUGGAAGAGCUAGUUGAACUUGAAAACGGAGAGCUCAUCAAUGUCUGGCUCUACGCUUUGGAAGGUUUCAAGCUAGAGCUCCUCGAAAGACCUUUGUUGAGCAGCUAUUCGUCCAGUGGUACGCACGGGCUCGCCUACAGGAGGGGCGCCGGUCAGAACCCACAGCAUCGGUACCAGGUGAUGAAAUCUGAAGAUGAUGGGGUAGACGAUUGCCUUCGAGGUCCUCCACGUUGAUGUAUUAUUGAGCCGUCUUCUACGUCUGUGGAAUGGAGAACUCUCUGCAGGAAGUACCCACCGGUGUACCAUCACCGGUCGAGCAAGAGUAAACGAGCUCUUCGAGACUACAUGACGUCAAUAAUAAUUUAUUACGUUCAUAAGAGUAAAUAAACGUUAUCUCGUCGGUGAGGUUCUCCACGACCGGACGUAAAAGC